AUGGCAACCGUCCUAGCACAGAUUGAGGCAUCAUUAAACUCACGUCCAUUAUAUGCCUUAAAUGACGAAAACGGAGUAGACGCUUUAACUCCAGGCCAUUUUCUUAUUGGGAGACCACUGAUAUCCAUACCAACACCAGAAUCUGACAUAAAUAUAUCCACUUUAAACAAAUGGAAGGUAAUACACAAAAUCCAGCGUGAUUUUUGGAAACGCUGGAAGGAGGAAUACCUACACACACUUCAGCAAAGAAACAAGUGGAAAACAUCACAGCAAAAUUUAAAAGAAGGUGAUGUUGUAAUCGUAAAGGAUGAAAAUACUCAACCAGCUGAAUGGCCGCUUGGUAGAGUUAUGGAAUGUAAUCCAGGACUGGAUGGAAAAGUUCGUGUAGUAGCGCUUAAACUACAGAAUGGUGUGCUGAAACGACCAAUCCAUAAAUUAUGUCCCCUAGUUACAUCGUCAGGCAGCAAUCAGGAAAAGUCAACGGAUGAAACAAAAGCACGAGUAUUGACUACAUUUAGGCCAACUAAAUCGCCAAAACACAUGACAAAUAAAAACAUAUUUUAUGUUCCUGUUUUGCAUAACGUCGAAAAAUGA